AUGUCUGUUAGAACCUCACUUCCUCUCCGUCGACUUACGACGAGACGAUCAUGUAUCGCCCAGGCGCGAAGGGGUAUGGCUGCUGUACGAUCAUCCUCAGGACCUGUCAACUUCGGCUUGGACGAUGAUCAACGUGGAAUACAAGAACUAGCUCAGUCAUUCACCAGAGAUAAGAUCAUACCUGUUGCUGCAGAGUAUGAUCGAUCGAUGGCAUAUCCUUGGCCGAUCCUGAAAGAAGCUCAUUCAUUAGGAUUACUGAAUACUCAUAUUCCAGAAGCAUAUGGUGGACCAGAACUUGGUUUACUUGAAUGUGCAUUAGUUUCCGAAUCGUUGUCGUAUGGAUGUUCAGGGAUUCAGACUGCCAUGGAAGCGAAUGGACUAGCGGAAGCACCGUUGAUUGUCGCUGCUUCCCAUGAGACCAAAAUGAAAUAUCUAGGAAGGAUGACCGAAGAACCUUUAAUGGCAGCAUAUUGCGUUACUGAACCUGGAGCAGGAAGUGAUGUCGCUGGAAUCAAGACUAAAGCAGAGAAGAAGGGUGAUAAGUGGGUUUUGAAUGGAAGUAAGAUGUGUACGAAUGCAGGUCAUGCCAACUGGUUUUUCGUUCUUGCUGUGACAGAUCCUUCCGCCCCACCGAGUAAAGGUAUGACAGGUUUUGUAGUCGAUGCCGAUUCCGAAGGCAUAAUCAUAGGUAAAAAGGAAAUCAACAUGGGCCAACGGUGUUCAGACACGCGGAUGGUAACAUUUCAAGAUGUUGUUAUACCUGAAGAGAACGUGCUGGGUAAAGCAGGAGAAGGAUUCAAGAUUGCGAUGAAAGCAUUCGAUAUUACUCGUCCUCUCGUUGCAGCUGCCGCUGUAGGUCUAGCCCAGAGAGCUUUGGAGGAAGCUACCAGAUACGCUCAAGAACGAAAGACAAUGGGACAACCUAUCAUCAACCAUCAAGGCGUAGCUUUCAUGUUGGCUGAUAUGGCUAUUGGAGCAGAAGCUGCCAGAGGUUUGGUUUGGAGAUCGGCUUGGGCGAAAGAUUGCGGUGAAAGGAAUACUUUCUACGCUUCGAUGGCUAAAGCUUUCGCAAGUAAGACAGCUGUCGAGAAUGCAAACUUAGGUGUACAAGUUUACGGUGGAGCGGGAUUCAAUACUGAGAUGCCAAUGGAAAAGCUAUACAGAGAUGCCAAGAUCUAUGAACUUUACGAGGGUACUUCUCAAAUUCAACGGUUGAUAGUCUCCAGAAAUCUCAGUGCACUCUAUCCUGCAUGA